CAAACACACAGGUUUCUACACAGGUUUCUACUCAGCAUGGUGGACCAGUAGCUGGUUGUUUGGGUGCCCAGCUCCAUCCCGCACCUCGCUCCGAUCUCGUUUCCCUUCAUGCACACGUCCUACUCUGUGCGUCCGAUGCUGCGACUCUCUUCUAUGCAGCGCAAUCUCGUCCGCAUCUCAUUUGCAUCGGCAGCUCGUCCGAAUGCCCAAUCCAUCACGGAAACUGCGCUGCGGCACAUCAUGGCGCAUUCAUCAUGCACUUCCGAACUGCACAACAUAGUCAUUACUCCAUACGCAGCUGCAGCAACGAUCUCGGCCUCUAUAUUACCGAUCUGCGCACUAACUAGACGAUGAGAGUGUAUGCACCCGCACGCUCUUGUGCAAGCCUAUACAUUGUGCAGUCAGAUCGUCGCUUCAAGUGGAUAUCUCUAGGGACGAAACGGGCGGGUUGUGAGGUGUAGUCGCCACGGCAGCCAGCAACAGAUCAAGAAUCUGGUCUCUUUUUCGCGAUCCCUCAUGUGAGACGCGGGAUUCCUUCAUUCCGAACUGCAUAUUUUGAUCAGUUGCCGCAUCUAUUCAGGUAUGCAUGAUCUCGUCAUUCGUUCUGAG